AGCGAUCAGCGGCUGUUGCUCAGUUAUUCAGAGUUCACUCAAGCAGACGUACUAGAACAUUUCAUGUGACAAGCAACAUCUAGGCUACUAAAAAAUUUGUGAAUAAUUGAUAGCAAGGAUCUUUAAAUCGUAACAAUGGCAGAUCAACCAACAAGCCCAUCGAAAGAGCAAUCAGGAUUACCGCAACUAGAGGUGCUGGACCGCGUGAAGAACAUACCAGUAGUGCAGUCGGGCAUCGAGAAGACCGGCUCGAUAUACUCGUACGUCAAGGACUCUCAUCACUUGAUCAAUUGGGCUCUCAACUAUGCAGAAGCUGGACUGCACUACGCCACGGCUACGGCUGUACCAUAUGCUACUCCAAUAGCCAAAAAGUUUGAGGGGUCCAUUAAUACCGUCGAUCAGAAGCUCUGUCAGGGUCUUGACAUUGUCGAGCAGAAAGUGCCGAUUGUUAAACAACCUCCUCAACAGAUUUACGAUGCUGCUAAAAACGUAAUGAACAGUUCGCUUCAACCGACAAUAGAGAAGCUUUUGGCAGCAAAAGAAUCUGCAACCACUCAGGCGCAACAAUUGAAAGAAACUAGUGUUAACAAAGCUAAUGAAAUUCUCAGUACUCAUUACGGAGCUCUAGCAGUACAAGGUGUCGAUAACACUAGUGUCCUCGUGAGUCGUCUACUGGAUCAUUAUUUUCCUCCUGUUGAAGGCGAAGAAGCUCAACCAGCUCCAGUCUCGGCUGACGAGAACAAAGUGUUACACGCUGUUCAAACUAUAGGUCAGUUGUCAACCAAAACCGCCAACAGAGUUUAUCAUUCCGUAGCUGCGCAAUUGAAGACUAUCAAGAAAGAAGACGUUGCAAAUUAUAUAUCUAGUGUUGUCUCUAUCCUUCACUUGACGAACUUCAUUAACUUGGGACAGGCUUCAGGAAACGGAGCAACUGGUUCAGCGACUGAAAAUGGUAGCUCUAACAGCGAAGCAAAAAACGAACCAAAAAACUAAUAACGCUAUAAUUUUACUUUAUAAAUUUUCUAUUUGUUUAGAAAAAAUACUAAAGAACAAAAAAAUUGUCAUCAAUUACCAUAUUACUCGUUUUUAUAUACUUUUAUAUUCGUUUAUAUCACUUUUUAUAAUUGUGCUGAGAGUCUUAUCUAAUCAAAUACUGUUAAAUUACAAAUGUGUGAUGGAGGCGACAACUUUAUUAAAAGUACGUGGGAUAUUUUUUAUGAAAAUUUUUUUAUAAAUAUAUCACCUUAAAAAUUUUUGUAAUUUAAUGUGAUUUUAAUGAAUAUAUUUCAUAAUAUUUAUAAUAAAUG